AUGGCAGCGAACAAGACGUUGCGUGCCGUGCCGCUAACUUGUAGUGGGCACACCCGUCCCGUGAUGGAGAUUGCCUUUAGUGACAUGACCGAUGAGGGCUACUUUCUAGCCUCUGCUUGCAAAGAUUUCAAACCAAUGCUGCGCCGCGGCGAGACCGGGGACUGGGUCGGGACUUUUGAAGGUCAUUCGGGCGCGGUCUGGGGCGUCGCCAUCAAUCACGAUGCAUCGCUUGUAGCCACGGCUGCCGCUGACUUUACCGCGAAAGUUUUUGACGCCGUUACGGGUGCCAUGUUGCUGGAGCUGAGUCACCCGCACAUUGUCAAAUCAGUUGCCUUCAACCACGACUCGACGCUGCUGGCCACCGGAUGCAACGAUGGCCACAUUCGCAUCAUGACCCUUGCGCGUUCCAAUACCAGUCUCGCUGCUAUCAAUGAAGAAAGCUUCAAGCUUCACAAGUCGCUGAUUCGCAAAGUCCUCUUUGUCGGCGAGAACAGCGAGUACAUUGUGGAACGCCCGUCACCUUCCCCUUGUCGAGGAGAUGACUUACUGCUGGAUUUUCCAGCGCUGUUCGCCCGCUUGAUUCUGCCUGCCUCUGCCAAGCUCAUGCCGUUGCAUACACCUGCGCUUUCCGCAGCCUUGGUCCCUGCCCUGGAUCGCCUUGUGUGGGUGGGCGAAGCCAAUUUGGUGGUCGAGUGCACCGCCGAUGGUACCGUGCAACACCAACACAAGGCCCACUUUGGAACCAUCCACUGCGUGCGCUUCAGCCCAGACCACCAGCUCUUCGCAACCUGUGCCGAAGACAGCACCAUCCGCCUUUGGCCCACAUUUGUGGGCAACAAUUACGGUCUCUGGCAGUAUCAACAGUAG